AUGCAGUUCCAGUACCGCGCCGUAGAUGAGCGCCGAAGCCGGUCCCCUCCGCCGCCAGCGGUGCCAAGUACUCCUGGCUCCGGAUCGGCAGACAGCCACGGCAGCGGCGGUCGGGCAGAGCGCGUGGGGGAUUCGGCCGUGACGCUAUGGCAGCCUAAUCUGCCGCCACCAGAGACAGCGGCGGUCGACGCUGACGAGCUGCGACGGCAGACGGAGAAGGCGAGGAUCAGGGAGCGGAUCCUCAGGGAGGAAGCGGAGCACUGGGAACUCGAGCUGGAGGUACGUAGCGAGUUAAGGGAACAGAUGCUGCGUCAGUCAUGGCCUGUGCUCGGGCGAUCGGCGAGGGGAUCUGACACGCCGGCGGCGCUGUCAACGGGAACGAUUACCGCCGCCAACUCGUCGCUGCCUGUUGUUACGCCUGAGGCCCACCCAAAAGCAAACACACUUGCAACCGCGCCGACCAAGCGGAAGAGCCCUGAUCGUGCCACUGGAGCAUUGUUGGCUCCAAGCAGCAAGAAGCAGAAGAACACACUAACCUGCAUGGUUUGUGGCAUCACCACAAACAGUGAGAAGGCCAUGCAAGGCCACCUCAAUGGGAAGGUGCGCAAGAGGAAGGUGGUAGCACUUCCGGAGUUGCCAAAGCUAGUGGCAGAGACAGAGGAGAGAGGGCUUGAGGCAGGGGAGGAAGAGGCAAUGUCGAUGGAGACAUUGGGAGAUUACAAACCGACAAAGUUCAUGAUGGCGACGACCGCAGGAGAGCUGAACGAAGUGACACAGAUGGACGGGUACCUCCUUUGCGAGUUGUGCAAUGUGCGGACGGCAGACCGCGUUACCAUGAUGUGCCACCUACAAGGCAGCAAACACAUCUCUAAGGGCCUGAAGAAACGUCAACCCUCCAGCAAGCCAUCGGGUGAGGCGUGUGCCACUGCCACACACACCGUGCGGCGCUUGGAAGGCUUUCUGCUCUGCGAGCUGUGUGAUGUGAAGGCCGCAUCCAUGCAUGGCAUGCGUCAACACUUGUCAGGGAAGAAGCACAAGAAUAAGGCGAACACCAGCUCUGAUGCCUCUGUCAACGUGUCCACAGGUGGAAAGGAAGCAGCCAAAGCAAAGUCGAUAGACACAGACACGGCUGUCAUCUCUGACAUGGUAGCAAAGGUGGAAGCCCCAUUGGAGAAGUCCUUGCAACCAAAGCUUGGUGAUGACGGCAACAUCCGAGGCCAUCAUGCGGUCUCACCUGGCUGGCAAAAGCACAAGCGCAAGAUGACGUUUGCUGCACGAGGAAACAAUGACUUGUGUGUCCUUGCCACCAAGGCUGAUGAGGUGCAAGACAACAGCUCAAAGUCCACGAAAGCCAAUGUGGAGGCUGGAUUGGUGCCGUCAGCGGUGCCACAAGCAAAUACUGCUGCCGACAAAGAAGAAUCAGCCCCGUCGUUGGCAACUCCACAAACGAAAAACACCGUUGCAAUGGCAUCCAUGGCAGUAGAUCGACCAGCAGAAGCUCAACUUGAUACUUGCGUUGUUGGACCAACUGAGGAUUGCGAGAUUACUGAGGAAGCUGAAGGAGAGCACGCAGCUGCCGGAUCCAAUGGCUCUGUGACCCAAACUAAGGAAUCCGUGAGAACAAAUGACACCACUGCUGUGCCUGGCAAGCCAAUCAAGAUCCAGGCGGAGGGCAAGGUGUUCACCGUGACGCAGCAGGAGAAUGGCAGUCUCUCGUGCGAGGUGUGUGCCGUACAUGGAUACGACAAAGACAGCAUGAUUCUGCACCUCUACACUAGCACACACUGGGGCAAAGCCAGUCUUGCAGAGAAAAAAGAGAAGGAGCAAGCGUGCAUGGUUGCAGUUGCAAUGGUGAACAAAGAUAGCGAGGUUGGCAGCAUGGCAAGUUAG